AGGCGCUUCCGCCCAGGCCGAGGGGCAAGGCGCAUGUGCAUACAGACUUCGCGGGAGUGAACUCAGCGCAUGCGCGUCAAGGCGCCGCACAGCCGUGGGGAAUGGCUCAUCGGCUCGCGUCGGGGACUCUGGUGCCGCCUCUCGCUGCCCUAUGGCGAGGGGGCUGCCGGACGCACACAUCGGUGGGGCGCAGGGACCUGCCACCGAUCCGGCAGUGGCUCCAGGGGCUCCGCACCCCGCAGCAGGACUACCCAGGGAGCAUAGCAUCCGCUUGGCAGUGGCUCUGCUCAAAACCACCCAAAGGCUUUGAGAAGUAUUUUAAGAAGAAUGGAAGAAGUCCCGGCCCAGCAGAGGAUGCUCACCAGACUAAAGGCCUCCCUGAUUCAAAAGAUCUCGGUCAUGGAGAUGGCGGAGGAGGUGGCGGCAAGAGAGGAGGGAAGAAGGAGGAUUCUGGGUGGUGGAGGCGCGUGUGGAAGGGAGAGUUCCCCUGGGAUGACAAGAACUUCGGCUACCUGGCUGUCAUGGGGGCAGGCGCUGCCGUGGGAUUCCUCUAUUUUUUUUGGCAAGAUCCUGGCAGAGAAAUCAACUGGAAGCAUUUUGUCCAUUACUACUUGGCUAGAGGAUUGGUGGACCGUCUGGAAGUGGUGAACAAACAGUUUGUGCGCGUGGUCCUCGUGCCGGGAGUGAGCUCGGAGCAGAGGUCCGUCUGGUUUAACAUCGGCAGCGUCGACACGUUUGAACGGAACCUGGAGACUGCCCAGCUGGAGCUGGGAAUGGAAGGCGCCCAGCAGGUGGCAGUGAUCUACGCCAGGGAGAGUGACGGCACAUUCCUCAUGAGCAUAGUGCCCACUCUGCUGCUGGUUGGCUUCCUUCUGGUCACUCUGAGACGCAGGCCAAUGGGAGCUGGGCGCGGAGGACGAGGGGGCGGGCUCUUCAGCGUCGGCGAGACAACGGCCAAGAUCCUGAAAGACAACAUUGACGUGCAGUUCCAAGACGUGGCCGGCUGCGAGGAAGCCAAGCUGGAGAUCAUGGAGUUCGUGAACUUCCUGAAAAACCCCAAACAAUACCAAGACCUGGGCGCCAAGAUCCCAAAGGGCGCUGUGCUCACGGGCCCACCGGGCACCGGGAAAACCCUCCUGGCCAAAGCGACGGCGGGAGAAGCCAACGUUCCCUUCAUCACGGUGAACGGCUCGGAGUUCCUGGAGAUGUUUGUGGGUGUGGGGCCUGCUCGAGUUCGGGACAUGUUUGCCUUGGCCCGCAAACACGCCCCCUGCAUCCUGUUCAUCGAUGAGAUCGACGCCGUCGGCCGGAAGCGGGGCCGGGGGAACUUCGGGGGGCAGAGCGAGCAGGAGAACACCCUGAACCAGCUGCUGGUCGAAAUGGACGGGUUCAACUCCAGCACCAACGUGGUGGUGCUCGCAGGAACAAAUCGCCCAGACAUUCUGGACCCUGCGCUGAUGAGACCAGGGCGCUUUGACCGUCAGAUUUACAUCGGUCCACCUGAUAUCAAAGGCAGAGCAUCCAUCUUUAAGGUCCACCUCCGGCCCCUGAAACUGGAGGAAAGCAUCAGCAGAGACGCCCUGGCCAGGAGAUUGGCUGCGUGGACUCCAGGAUUCACUGGUGCUGACAUCUCCAACGUCUGCAACGAGGCUGCCUUGAUUGCCGCUCGCCACUUGAAGCCCUCUGUCGCCGAGAAGCACUUUGAGCAGGCCAUCGAGAGAGUCAUCGGGGGUCUCGAGAAGAAGACCCAGGUUCUGCAGCCGAACGAGAGGACCACAGUGGCCUAUCACGAAGCUGGGCAUGCGGUGGUGGGAUGGUUCCUGGAGCACGCUGAUCCCCUGCUGAAGGUGUCGAUCAUCCCCAGGGGCAAGGGGCUUGGCUACGCGCAGUACCUGCCCAAGGAGCAGUACCUGUACACCAAGGAGCAGCUGUUGGAUCGCAUGUGCAUGAUGCUGGGUGGCAGGGUGGCUGAGCAGCUGUUCUUUGGGCGCAUCACCACGGGCGCUCAGGACGACUUGAAGAAGGUGACGCAGAGCGCCUACGCCCAGGUCGUCCAGUUUGGGAUGAGUGACAAGCUGGGCCAGGUCUCCUUCGACUUCCUGCAGCAGGGCGAGCUGCUCACAGAGAAACCAUACAGCGAGGCGACGGCCCAGCUGAUAGACGAGGAGGUCCGAAGCCUCAUCAACUCUGCAUACGAAAGAACCCGGGAGCUACUGACGCGGUGUCACGACCAGGUGGAGAAGGUAGGAAAGCGUCUCUUGGAGAAAGAAGUGCUGGAGAAAGCGGACAUGGUUGAAUUGCUGGGCCCCAGGCCCUUUGCAGAGAAAUCCACCUAUGAGGCGUUUGUAGAGGGCACCGGGAGCUUGGAUGAAGACACCUCCCUCCCGGAGGGCCUGAAGGACUGGAACUGUGAGAGAGAUGAGGAGAGAGUACAGGAGAGCACCUCCUAGCAGUGAGAGCCAGCUGGGGAGGACGGUGCCCGAACUGCUGCCAGCCCCUGCUCCUGGGUGGGCACUGGCUUCCAGGGACCCUUUCUGUGGGCGUCUCCCAGUGGUAAUGCUGACACCGGACAGAGCUGUCCAGGAGGCCGGAGCAGGAGCGAGGCUAGGUCUGUAAAUAGGAAGAGCAGGCCAGGCCCCGCUCUGCUGUGGGAGGGCUGGUGCACUGGCUUUCCCUCUGAAAGCUGCAGGUCCCGCCCGCCCCUCUCCCCGGGGCCAGCCUGGGCCUGGCUGGCUGACACAAGGGCUCUGGCCACUCCUGGUCACAAGUGCCCGUGCCCACUGGUGAGCACAGCAGCUGCUUUCCUGGUGCUCGUGGGCCUGUUCAGUCUGUGCAGGGGUGUGCUCCUGCCAGCAUCCACCUCUCACCAGCAGCUGUCCCAAAGCCAGGAGGGUGCUGGAGGGGCUCCCCAGCCACGGGGCAGAGGCUGGGAGCCCAGGCAAGCAGCAGGGUGAGCUGCCCAGGAGCCAGCUCUCCUCUGUCCAGGAUGCGGUUACUCUAGUGCUACCACAGCAUCCUCCGCGGCUGUAACACCCAGCCUGGCACGAAGGGGGCCAAGGAUCCUAGGCCAUGUGAAAAGAGCCAAUGCCAAAGCUUUUCCCGUCCUCUCCAGGCGGAGGGGAGGGUGCGCAGCCGGGGGAAGAUCCUCCCCUGCGAGUUCCUGUCCUCAGUGCCUUCCAUCCAGCCUUUGCAGGUUUGCAGCUUUGCUCCAGGGAAGUCCUGCUUUGCUCUCGGAUCCCUGUGCACGGGCAGCGUCUAGGAGACGAGCCUGAACAAGUCCAAAGAGCCCUUCAGAGCAGCGGCCACACGCGCCUGGUAGAAAGCGCCAGCCUGUGGGCAGUCCCUGCAGUGCUAUGCUGGGAAAGGCCCCCCCUUCACCCGAGGCAACGGGCUCCGCGGCAGAAAUGGGCUAACAAAAUGGUGCUAAUGAAGUGCUGCUGCUGUGGGCUCUGCCCCCGGCCUGGCCUGCCCGCCCUGUCGGACGUUGGCAGGAGUAACUCUGGCCCCGUAGGACUCGGGGAGUUGUGGGGCAGUGUGGGGCGCUGGUAGCCGGAAGCUCCUCCAGCUCUGAGCCGUUCUGGGGGGUUGUGACUGGCCAUGUGAGUUCCUGGGGCCUGGCAGUGGGUCUCUUGGCCUGGGGUGUCUUUAUGGCACCUAUAGCCGUGUAUCAAAGCAGGGUAGCUGUUGGCCCAGACAUGCCUGGUGUGCAUCCAGCUCUGUCCUGGGUUAGCUCCUCUCCGGGUGGGGCGUUCCUAGAUCAGGCCAAUGGGGGGAGAGGGGGAGGGGGGCCUCGCUUCUAUUCCUUCCUUGCGUCGAGCCUGUACCCUGCCCUUUCCUCAUGCCCAGGGCGAGGGGUUCACCGGCCGUUCCAUGCAGGCGAUGAGCCAUGGCCUGGCUGCGGCACUGCUCUGGCAUGGCGGAGCUUUGCGUUUGGGCCCCAUGCAGCAUCCCUGCAAAGGGCGUUUCUCUGCCACGGGCGGGCUCCCGAGGGAGCAGCAUUCAUGGUGCAGGGGCUGUGAGGGGAGGGGCAUCUGCAGCAAACCCAGCCCACACCCCCAGUGCAGUUCAGAAGGUGACGUUUUAGUAAUGGGAGGAAGCUUGGCAUAUGGCCUGUGCCCCCCGGCAGGCUGGGCUUCCCUAGCUCCUGGGCUGUGCAGCGCUCCUGCCUCGCCAGCCCCUGGGCCAGGAUCACAACUGACAGAGUGCAGCCCCUCUGCUGCUGGUGGAGCCUGCUCCAGCCAGGCCGCUGCAUGGCCGACGUGCUGCCUUCGAAGUGCCUUCCCCUGCAGCCAGCGGUGUUUGGGCGUCGGAGUCCCUCUACUCCCCUUUCCCUAAGGCAAAUGCAGACAGCACAACCCCUGCUCUGUUACACUGACAUCCCCCUCUGCCUGGUCUAGACCCUUCCCCUGGCCGUGGUGGGGGCGAGCUCAGCCAUUCACCCCUGGGAGCAUGUUCCAGCCUUCUCGGGCUUAGGAAUUGAAGGCCGAACUCUCCAGGGCCCGGUUCCCUCCUUGCCUCCAGCACCCACUGUCUAGGGGCAGAGCUGGGCACAUCUAUGCGGGCGGUGGAGGGGAGCAUUGAGUCUCAGAGCCUGGGUCAGCUGACUCGGGCUGGUGCUAUGGGGCUAAAACUAGCAGUCUAGAUGUGCCAAGCUCUGAAACCCAGCGCCUGGCCUAGCAGCAAUGCCCUCCUGGGGCUGGGCGCCUGUUGCUGGCUCAGAUACAGUACGAAGCACCUCUGCAGUAGUGCCAAGCCGGCUGCUGGGCAGCCAGGAACCUGUCCUCCCUUCUCUGGAGUGUAGGCCUGUUACAGCAAGAACCCAGCCCCAGUGGAGGCAGUGACUUGAUCUGGACAGCUAUGAAGUGCGUUGUGUGCUCCCCACGUGGCUGCAGCUUGCCCAAGACUGGGACUACAGUAGCCAGCCCCGAGCUGCGCUGCCUCAGAGGGUUUUUGUCACCAGUAUUUGACUCGUAACACCUGGAGAGCGCCGGGCGGGUCUUGCCUCCAAAGGCUGCAGCCGCAUGGUUUGGCUCAGUGGUGCCCUCCCGGAAGUGUUCAGCGUUUGUGUCACCCCGACAGGGGUGUUCACUGUUAGCUAAGCAGCUACAGUCAAAUCUGUUUCUGCCCCUUGUCUGCUAGCUGGCCUGGGCGGUUCUCUGACAUUUGCCGCUUCCAAAGCACAAGAAGCUGGUACCUUGCAGCUCUCCUCUGGCUAGCGCCUGCGGAAAAGGCCCUGGUUUACUCAGCAGAGCUACCCACUGUUUGUUCGACGUUGGAUCUGCUGCCUGGUGGUGAGAAAAGCAUUUACUGCCUUUGACGCCAGCAGGACCAGGACCACAUUAUCCUAGGUGCUGGGCACGAAAUUCAGUCUGUUACACCACUGGAAGCAGCAGGGCUGCGCCGAUGGCACACAGGGCAUAAUGUGAAGGCGGGGGGAUUACAUGACUGGUGUUAAUGUAUCUUGGAGACCCUUCAUUCCUGUGGCUGAUGAAGGGAAGACUCCUGCUUGAUGUUCAGAUCCCAGGCUGAGUUUGGGGCACUGGCAGUUAGACAAUUCAGGCCUUUGCUUGUAAAUGGAGCCUUCUGAUCUGGACUCACCACCAAUCAACAUGAGCCCCUUUGUGACAUCACCACCCCACUGCCUUCCUUUCCAGCGGUGCCCGUCAGGUAGGGAGCAAGGAGGGAAGGAGACGAUGGCGCUGACUCUCUUAGUAUUUAUAUAUCGGAGGGGGAGCCGUGUUAGUCUGGAUCUGUAGAAGCAGCAAAGAGUCUUGUGGCACCUUAUAGACUAACAGACGUUUUGGAGCAGCAUCCGACGAAGUGGGUCUUCGCCCACAAAAGCUCAUGCUCCAAAACGGCUGUUAGUCUAUAAGGUGCCACAAGACUCUUUGCUGCUUUUAGUAUUUAUAAUGUGUUUCCUCUCACGUGGUGGAGCUGGCGUCGCAGUGUGUGCUUGGGAGGGAGGAGGGGGAAGGCAGCACGAAGGAAAACUAGUUUUGUCGUCUCCAGCAAUCCAGCCCCACUUUCCCACUGCCCUGGGCCCAGCUUGAUAACUGUAGAGUUGGGAUUUCUAAUGCUGGGUGCCAAAUAAACCAAACCCCACUGUGUGGUGAGGGAUCAUUC